AUGGCUUCAGAUUCAUGUCACGUCAUAGAGGUCGAUUUAUACUAUCCAGAGAAUGUGAAAGACGUACUAGGGAUGGGUAGUAGCUGCUUUAUAGGCCUUGUUAACGAUACCACGGUCAUGAAGUACCCCCACCAUCCAAAUGACAAUGCAAAACUUGCGGCUCUGGCUAUUGAAGCUCAAAUAUUAGAGGCGAUCGGAGAUCACGAUCGAAUUAUUCGCUUGAAGGGACGGACUAGCGCAGGCCUCUUGUUAGAAUAUGCAUGUCACGGAUCUCUUGGUCGAUACCUUAGCUCACACAAUCCAACAAUCGAACAGCGGAUUGCAUGGGCUACCCAGGCCGCAGAAGCGGUCUCAUUAAUACAUGAAAAAGGCGUUAUCCAUUGCGAUAUUAGUGUUAACAACCUCCUCCUGGAUGCGGAACUAAACAUCAAACUGUGCGACUUCCAAGGACGCCUUCUUAGAUCGGAUAGGAGUGUUAAGCUAGUUGGCCUCUCGUCUGAGAAUGUGAAGGCGUCUAUGCCUCGAGUCGAUCCUAAUCACGCAGAUGAGAAAACAGACAUUUUUGCCUUCGGGACAGCUUUCUAUCAAAUUAUAGAAGGUUGCGAGCCUUUUCCCGAAUUAGAUUCUUUUACCCAAGAAGAGGAAAUCGAGCAGAGAUUUGUAUCGGGUCAAUUUCCCACGGUGCGGUAUACCCUAAUAACAGCUGUUAUUCACAAGUGUUGGAGGGGGGAAUACAACUCUACACACGAAGUCGUUGGCGACCUUGAGAAGUUGAGCGUCUUCAAUCCCUAUGAUACCCGUCUAUCACGUCAAUGA